AAAAGAAUACGGCGUGUGGUAAGACUUAUUUAUUUAUCUGUUCAUUUAAUUGGGUAAAAUUAUUUUAGAUUGUUUUUGAGAUAUUCAGCAUGGACUGUGCUUGUUUGAUCAUUGACAUUGAACUGGAUUUGUUUAAUCAACGCAUUGUGUGUGCUAGGUGUUUGAAAUAAAAAAUGAUGCUAAAAUGAAGAGAACAAGGCAAAGACCACUACCUUCAGGGCGAGUUACUGUACCUCAUGCAGUCACCUGGGCAUCUUCUGUUGGUCUAGCAGGCACAGCUUUACUAGCAUGCGAGGCGAAUACAUUGGCAGCUGGGCUUGCAGCUUCUAAUCUUGUUCUCUAUGCAUUUGUAUACACUCCACUGAAGCAGAUACAUCCAAUAAAUACGUGGGUUGGGGCUAUUGUUGGUGCUAUUCCACCCCUUCUUGGGUGGGCUGCUGCUUCUGGCCAGGUUUCACUUAAUGGAAUGAUUCUCCCCGCUGCUCUAUAUUUUUGGCAAAUACCACAUUUCAUGGCCCUUGCAUACUUGUGCCGCCAAGAUUAUGCAGAUGGGGGGUUUAGGAUGUUUUCUCUCGCCGACACAUCUGGUCAGAGAACAGCCUCGGUGGCUUUGAGAAACUGCUUCUAUCUGCUUCCAUUGGGGUACCUGGCCUAUGAUUGGGGUCUAACUUCCGGAUGGUUUUGUCUUGAAUCAACCCUCCUGGCUCUUGCAAUCAGUGCAACAGCAUUGUCAUUUUAUUUGAACCGCACCACAAAGAAUGCCAGGAGAAUGUUCCAUGCCAGCCUUCUCUAUCUUCCUGUAUUUAUGUCUGGGCUUCUAUGUCAUCGUGUACGUGAGAGCCAGGAGUGCAUAGAAGUGGAAAGUUCACAGAGGAUUGUUGAGCUUUCUUCUUCCCUGGGAACUAUUCUACAUGAGACUGAAAAUGUCAGACAUCCGAAUAAGGUUAAACAUACGUCUGUUGGUGCCCAAGCACGGCCACCUGUAGCAUAUGCCUCAGUUGCGCCAUUUCCUUUCUUGCCAGCCCCUGUGUAUGCUACCCCUUGAGGUUUGAGUUUUUAGUUAUGUAUCUGUUUUAGCUUGUUUAUUUUUUAAAUAAAGCAUGACAAGAGAAUAGGCAUUCCAUAACUUUUAUCGGGUUUUCAAGAGUUUUUGUAACUUUUUCAUUUUCUCCAGCUUCUGAUAUGUAUCGAGUAAUAUUUUGUUCCUGCUGUAAUAAGUAAAUGUUUUGUUCAUCGAUUUUCAUUUAUUUCGCUCGUAUUAAGUUGUAUGCUACCAGUCAAGGUACUUCAGUACUAUUCAAGAAGUAUAUUUGUUUACUUCCAAUACCAG